AUAAGUAGUCUGCGACAUAGCAGUCAUCUAUAUUUUACAGCACAAAUCAAACGAAAAAAACUCAAAAGCUAAACGGCAAACAUUAUACAAUCCUUUGGGACGAUGACUUCAAAGCUAAUCCUUCUUCUAUCGGUAUUUGGUUUGAUUCCAAACGCGAUGAUCCCGAAAAAUCCGGGGAAUAUUGACCUAUGUCCCCAAUCAUCCCGGAUAUCUGAUACCAGCUCUUGGACAGCCGACUUUGGAGGUGGAUGGAUUACCUGGAUAGACGCGGGCAACUGGACGGAGGUGCUUUCUGGCGAGUGGCUUUUGCUGCUCUGCUCGCCACUUCAGCCGAAGUGCAGAGAUAUGGAAGCGGUCUUCUACCAGCUGGCGACCACCUCAAUGGGUUGCCUCGAUGUGAAAUUGGCUUUUGGAGAUCUGUCCAGGAACUUUUGGCUAAGAGGACGAUUUUCCUCCAUCACUACGGUCGCCAUAUAUCACGUGCUGGAUGGGGAGUUUCGGAGAGUGUGGUCCACACGGCACACCUUGCACGGCCUUCGCAAUAUUUUGCUUCUGCGUGAAUAUUCGGAAUUACCUCGAGUGCCAUUUUGGCUACACCCGACCUCCAUUUGGUGCAGCUUUGUCGAACUUGGUUUGAAGGUGAUGAUUCAUCUGAAAUACUCUGAUGUUUUUUGGCGCCACUUUUGGUUGACCGUCCUUACCUUGGACCUAAUGUUCAUUAUCGUAUCACCCUACAUUUUAUGGCGUAUUAUAAGGAAGAAUACAUAUACGGAUACGGAUAUGGAGAAGGAUAAUGUAACUAAUACUGUAUUGGAGCUAGCAUCAAGCGGAGGUAAUCCAUUGUCGAUGAAAUCGUUUUCCAAGGAGAAGGAAACCACAUCUGUUGUAUAUUUAGUUAAACGCUGGCAAAUGAAAGUAACCAAGCUAAAACGUCUUUAAAAUAUAGAUGCUAUCUUCUAACGGUCCUCCGAAUAAACCCCGAAAAUAAAUCGA